AUGGGUGAGCUUCCACCAGCGGUCGUGAUAGACAAUGGCUCCGGUCUGCUCAAGGGUGGUGUUGCUGGGGGCAAGGAACCGGAGUUCAUCUUCACCAACUUGAUAGGUCGGCCCAAGGCCCAGUCUGUGAUGCUAGGGGCUGGCCAGAAGGACUUCUACAUUGGGCUCGAGGCACAAGACAAGAGAGGGAUCCUCUCCCUGAGAUACCCAGUAGAACAUGGAAUUGUCACUUCCUGGCCUGACAUGGAGAAAAUAUGGUGGCAUGUUUACAAUAACGAAUUGAUGUUGAAGUCCAGCACUAGACCAGCACUUAUAACAGAAGCGCCACUCAACCCACUGGCCAAUCGUGAACAAAUGACAAAAGUUCUCUUUGAAACUUUUGAGGUACCUGCCCUCUAUGUGGCCAUUCAGGCUGUGCUGGCACUCUAUGCAGCGGGCCUCACCACCGGCUGUGUGAUGGAUUCGGGAGAUGGCGUCACCCACACGGUCCCAAUCUAUGAGGGCUACUGUUUGCCUCACGCGGUCCUCCGACUUGACCUGGCAGGGCGGGAUCUCACGGAAUACCUCAUGAGGAUUCUGAGAGAAGGUGGAGUGGCCUUGGUGAGCACCGCUGAGAGGGAAAUUGUUCGAAACAUUAAAGCAGGGUUAUGUUAUGUGGCUUUGGACCCCGAGAAAGAGCUGGCUAAAAGCCCAAGAGAAAUAGAGAGAACUUGGAAGUUGCCUGAUGGACAGAUCAUUAAAGUCCACAACCAAAUGUUCCGCUGUCCUGAGACACUCUUCUGCCCAUCUAACGUUGGCAUGGAGGCCCCUGGAAUUGAUAAGCUCCUCUUCAACACUAUCAUGAAAUGUGACAUCGACUUGAGGACAACCUUGUAUGCCAAUAUACUGCUUUCUGGUGGUUCCAGUCUCUUUCCUGGCAUCACUGAACGCUUGACAAAGGAGUUGAUUCGCAUGGCUCCCAAGGGCACUGAGGUGGUUGUCAUUGCACCCCCUGACAGGAGGAUCUCUGUUUGGAUAGGAGGAUCCAUCCUUGCUUCUCUCUCUGCCUUCCAGGAUAUGUGGAUUUCCAAGGAAGAAUAUGCUGAAGUUGGGCAGAACAUAGUACAUAGGAAGUGUUUCUAG